CACUGGCAGUGCGCGGAGCUUUUCUCGGGCGGAGCUUUUCCGGAGGAUUCAGCACCGGCCGCCACUGUCACCGCAAAUGCUGAAUAUGGCUUGUCGGCCUCCAAUGUUAACUAGAUAAAUGACAAGACCAGCAUUAUUUGUUGUGGGAGAAGGCAUGAGUUUCAUUUCCGUUCAUUCAUACCAACCGUCAUCCUCCAGGGUGCUGUCCUCGAGGUUACCACGAUAUAAUAUACCCAUUUAACUUGCUAAGCCUCCUAUUACACCGGCACGAUGGCAGGGGUCGAAUCCAAGGACAUCACCAGCACACUAGAAAAGUCCGAUCCUGAAUGGUCAAAAGCGACGCCACCAAUCCAACAAAGCCCUUGUGACGAGGCUGCCGAACGGCCAGUUCCCAUAGCAGCUGGUGGCCAAGAGGCGAUCCCAGAUGGCGGCUGGGAGGGCUGGAGACAAGUUGCGGCGGCGCAUGUCGUGGUCGCUUUCUCUUGGGGACUGAUCAACUCGUUUGGGUUUUUCCAGACCUACUAUACCCAGCUGCUGGGUGUCAGUUCGUCGUCGGUGGCAUGGAUCGGGUCCAUCCAGAUCUUCCUGAUCUUCUUCGUUGGGGUGUUUUCCGGGUCGGCCUUUGACGCCGGCCACAGCCUGCACUUGAUCGUGGGUUCGGGCUGCCUCCUCAACAUCCUGGGGAUAUUCAUGACCAGCAUCUCCAAGACCUACUGGCAGUUCAUGCUCUCACAUGGCAUCUGCUGCGGCUUGUCGAACGGCCUCAUGUUUACUCCCUCCAUGGCGGUCGUGCGGACGUAUUUCCACAAGCGCAAAAGCCUGGCAAUGGCCCUGGUACUCUGUGGGUCAGGAACGGGUGGCAUGGUCAUCCCCGCGGUGCUAGAGACGAAUACCCAACGCAUCGGAUUUGGCUGGGCGGUGAGGAUCGUGGGAUUGUUGUCCGCAGUUCUUCUGCCAAUCUCUUGUUUUGUCUUGAGACGCCGAUCCCAAGUUGAGCUGGCGACCACAUUUUUGUCCGUCAAGGUGCUAAAAGAGUUGGACUACAUGUUAUUCAAUGUCGCAAUGUUCAUGAACCUGAUGGGGCUAUACUUCGCAUACUUCUUUGUCCCAGAUCUCGCUCAAAGUAGAGUGGGAUUUUCGUUCGACCGCGCCAUUGACUUGUUAAUUCUCAUCAACGGCUUAGGAAUCCCCGGACGCGUGGGACCAAUGUGGCUUGCGGACAAGAUUUCCAGACCUGUUGAUGUGCUGAUCCCGGUCAAUUUGGUAUGUGCCAUUUUGACCUUUGCUUCCAUAGCAAUCAAGGACAGCGCUGGCGUCUGGGCAUUUGUGGUUAUGUAUGGCCUGUUCGGUGCUGCACUCAUUGGCCUCUUUCCUGCCGGUCUGGCCCAUUUCUCCGGGGAUCUCUCAACAGCCGGCUCUAGAAUAGGAUGGGGCUUUACAAUCGAAAGCUUCGCCAUCCUCAUCGGCCCUCCCAUCACGGGCGCACUGUUGCGAGGUGGUUCGUCUGAUUAUUGGCGCGCACAAACAUUUGCCGGUUCCUGCUUUUCCCUGGGAUUUUUCGUGCUGGUGACCACGAGACUGCUUCAAUCGCAUUCAGCGGGGAAGUUGUCUGAAAAAUAGGACGUGGAAGCAGACAUGAGCAUCAUGCACUCAACGUGCAGGCUAGAAAUGCGAGCUUGUCAUAGGAUGGGAGAAGGAACAUGUCUUCAACAAUAGCUCCUCAAUUCCCGGAGGACAAACUGGCCUUCCUUGUACCAAUUCGAAUCGCGGUGAUGGUUGCAGUCGUCCACGGCCACAGCAGGCAGAAAGAUAAUACUCCUGCUUGGUGAAUCGUGUUGACGGUACCUCAGCAGCAGGAGAAACCCGAUACUUUCGGCAAGCGAAAGGCAGUGAUGAUGAGGGCGAUGAUGUCCUUCGAGUGGAAUGCCACACAGACAACGAAAGUAUUAUUCAUGUUUCAGUGGAAGUCCCUGCCCACCGCCGGAAUUGUUUCAAUACUGGACCGUGUCUGGGUCCUCCAUAGUCUGAUACAGAGCAUCUACAGCCGAUUUGACCUGUUCGACUGAUUUGAAGCAAGGGAAUUGCUUCUUCAUUUCCUUCUGCGCAGAGCAUCCGUCCAAUACGUGGUCCUUCGAAGCUCUGCCAGAAACACAUAUACUUGUCAGACUGCAGAGUUCAUGGCCAAGCCUAUGUCGGCGAAACUGUCUUGUUUCGAAGCCAUCACAGAGUUGUUGGAGAUCUCCUGCUGUUCGUCGGAUACAAACCUGAAUGAUUUCGGUACAUUCCGAGUCGGUCAAUAACAUUGAUUGCGGUGGUGAAGUCGUAGAGUCUUCAUGCACAAGAGUACAUCUGGGCAAGUGGACAGGUGUCGAGUCACUUGUUGUCGGUCUGACGAGAUGCCAUGCCGUGGAACACGAAAAGGCGAUCGAGGAAAGAAGAUGGCCGAUCAGCAGUACGUUUUGGCAGGCUCUCGAGGGUAGGCUUUCCAGAUUGUAACAAUAUUCACAAGAAAGUAGCGCCCCGGCGAUUUGAAGAGC